ACUUACUCCCCAUUCAAUGCCUGCCAAAAAAGUUUUCACGCUCAAUCUUCUUGGUCAAAACUUCAUUCCAAAUUCCUAUUCACUAGAAUGGUUCCACUGCCAAAAGAAUAGCUUUUGUUCCAAAUGACUUUACUUGCCAGUGAAAGAAAUGAGCCUGACUCGGAACAAGCUGGAAGAGUUUAAGUGUUGUGCAAACAGUGCCCUUCACUUAAAACUUGUUCGUCAUGAAUCUGACCUGGAAGAUGACACAAAAACUUUCAAACCAGAUAUGACACACCAGCUGUUUGGUGAUCAGGAAAGUAUUUUUGGCUACAAAGAUCUUGAAGUGGACCUUUUUUACACUGCUGGAAAACUCAUUCCAUACCUUGGGAUGAAGUAUGUAGAUCGUGUACCACUCAAGGGCCUGGAUGGAGUUUAUGCAGAUAAUGUGACAGCUAAAUUGAUGGAGGUGAUGGCUUCUGGAGUGCAGACUAACCUAGAUGAUUUUGUGACAGCUAUACAAAAAGAUGUCAAUUUCAGACCAUAUGGAGAUCUGCUACAUUGUUACAAAGUUCAUAUAGGUGAACAAGAGAGAGAGUUUCAGAUCUACAAAGCUGACAUAGAGGUGAAAGGAUUUAAAAGUUUCCAUAACAGGCUUCAGACAUUUAUCUUGUUUUUCAUCGAUGCGGCUUCAUUCAUUGAUGUGGACGAUGACAAGUGGCGAUUCUAUUUGCUAUUUGAAAAGUAUGUGCAAGAUGGAGAGUGCAGGUAUGCAACUGCUGGCUACAUGACAGUCUAUAACUACUAUGCUUACCCUGAAAAAAUCAGACCAAGAAUAAGCCAGUUCCUGGUCCUCCCUCCCUUUCAGAGACAGGGGCAUGGAGCCCAGUUGUUGCAAACAUUUUACAAUGAUGUCUGCCCAAGGCCUGAGGUGCUAGAUAUAACAGUGGAAGAUCCAUCAGAAAACUUCCAGCGACUCCGUGACUUUGUGGACUGCUGCAAUUGUCAGAAGUUGGAAAGUUAUCAGCCAAAGUGCUUGUUAAAUGGUUUUUGUGAACAAAUGACAGAUGAGGCACAGCAGAAGCUUAAACUUAGCAAGCGGCAGGCUAGACGUGUCUAUGAAAUUUUAAGACUGAAGAUUACAGAUGAAAGCAAUCCAUCAAUGUACAGACAGUACAGGCUGGACCUUAAACGCCGCCUUAAUAUUCCUUUUCAGAAAAGUCGACGAGAUUUCAAGAAGCUGGAGCGAGCACUGGGUCCUGAGGAAUUAGCACAGACCAUGAGCUGCAUGACACAGGAACAGCGUCACUUAAUCCUGGAGAAGAAUUUUCAGGAGCAUGUCCAGAUGUACCGUCAAGUUAUUGAUAGAUUAGCUGCCCUGUCCUUCAGCUCAAAUUCCUAGCACAAUGUCUUUAAGUCAUCUGCAGAUUGCACUGUUCAGCUGCAUAAUUAAAAAGUGUUGUGUAUCUUGUUAAGAGUGUUACUAUUUCACCUAUUAUUGCUUCCUGGUCAUGUUUGUGGUGUGCUAUAAUGCAUCUGCAGUCAGCACCAGGUUGGCCUGGUUUGUAUUAAUGGUGUCUACGGGUCUUGGGACGGUCAGACUAAGGGGGACCAGGUAAGAUGAGGUUAAUUGCAAAGGUUGUCAUACCAGGCCUGAGUGUGAGUUUAGAAAAGCAUGUUUGUUUAUACAUGAAUGUUUGAAUGUAAACUUUAAAGAAAAACGAAAGGUGAUUGGUAUGCGGAUUGCAAAGAAUUUGUGCGUAAUGACCAUCAGAUGCCUGGAAUGUAGUUUUUCUCUGAACUACACCUGCACUUGGAGCUUAAUAAGUUUCUAUGUUAUGGUUAAAAUUUAAGUUAUUGCCUUUUUGUCCACUGUACCCUUUGAGUAGCUUGUAGUCUGUAUGCUCAGCAUUGAACAGUAAAAUUGGUUGAUAUCAAGUUCUUAACCAUAGGUUUUAAAUACAGCUUCCUACAUCUCGUAUGCUGUAAUUUCUGAAAUGAUAAGCAUUAGUCUUAAGGAAUACCACAAAUAUUAUUUAGCUCCUUUUGAGCUAUUAGGCUGGAGUGAUCCAAUAUUUUAGUUGCUGUUUCACUCUGAUAAAAUGCUGCAUAUAAAUGGUUACAGUUGUCAGUUUUAUGAUUGCACUAAAGAUGUUUGUGGGGUGUGUGAUUUUCUGCCCUCUGGAGAAUUUUUGACUUAACUGUGCUAUUGUUAUCUCGUUAAGAAUGUAAGCUGUAUUACCAUAAAGCUUUAGUACCUUUCCAUGAUUUAAACCCUGGGUUCAGUUGACAGUUUUGAGGGCUUUUAGAGUUUCUUGUUUCAGCUGUUGCUUAGCAGUGUUUGCAAUUGUAAACUUAAUUCAAUAGUCAACAUGGACUGAAUUUAUAGCUGUUGGCUAAUCCUUUAUUGACUGUGGCCACAUGACAAACCAUUUGGUUGCAAGAAGCAAUGUAUUCGUGAACUCAAAUUAGUGCCUACCAAUGUUUAUGGUAGUGUCCCCUUAAGUACUCAAGCCUGUGGCAACAGAUGGCAGUGAUUAUUUUAUUUAGAGCAAGACAGACCUAUUUUGUGGAGAGCUUUUUGUGAUGGGAUUUUAUUUAUAAAUGCUAAUGUUCGUAAAAUUUAGAUUUAGUAAUCAGCACAUCUGAAUACCAUUGUUUUAAUUCUAGCUGAGGCUCAGGCCCGAUAGCUUCAAACUUUUUGUUGUACUUCACCAUUGCUUUGUGUGAUGGCUCGAAUAGAUGAUACAAUGGUUUUCCCAACAUUUGAUGUCCCUAUUUGACACAUCUGCCAACAGCUUAACCGUCAAUUAGCAUUUACUAGUCAGCUCUUUGCCAACAUUGGUUAAGUGUAUAGUCAGUUAAUUGACGAACAGCCCAUGAAGACAGCCCCUUAUUUACAUUUAGAAUAUAAGGAAGAAAGCUAAACUUUUACACAAGAAAUUUUAACACAGAAUAGUAUUUCAAUGGAUUUAUCCUGGUUCAGUAGUAUGCUUAAGCACUUGUAAUGAUAAUAGGAA